UCUCCAAGCCGCUCCGUCUUCAAGCGUCGACCGAGCCAGUCCAACACCCAGGUGGCUGCGUCCAACCCGUCUUCUCCACCGCGCGUGUCUCCCGACCGAGAGCACCCUCCACCGCUGCCAGAUAUGUCCGCCAGCGCAGUUGCUACACCAAACGGGGUGGCUUCUUCCGCCAGCUCCAUCAAUGUCAAGAAGGACAAGCACUUUCCGGGCCCUCUGCAUGACUUGAAGCGGUUCCUGAACCAUCACAUGCCUCAUCCGCACGGGCAUAAUCACAGUGCGUCCACUACUCCCGGUUCCAUGCUGCAGACUCCGCCUGCGGAUGCCAGCGUCGCCACACUCGACCAGCGUCGUGGCGUGCACUUCGACCAGUCGGGCUUGUUGGAUGCAGCAGGCGUCGAGGCGCCUGCAGGCUAUCAUAGCACUGUCCCCGGCACACCGGCGAACAAUGAGUCGACAGACUACGUCAACGGUACUCCGGAAUCAGGAAAGCAUACAUCGCGCUUCUCGACCUUCUUGAAGAAGGAUCGGAAGGAGAAGGAGGACAAGGAUAAACAUCUGAGUGAAGGACGUGUCCGGCCAUCGCGCAAAUCGAGCAUGGCCAAAACACCCUCGCCAGGCGCGUCCGAUGCGACUGGCAGCGGCAGCAGCAAGCGCAGCUCGCGCUCGCCGUCGCGGACUAUCGACUCUCAGUCGAGCCCACCGGCCUCCGGCUCUGGCUCGCCGACCUCGACUGCGCCGACGACGGCCCCGCCCACGUCGGGCUCUGGCCACUCAGGCGAGACAUCCAAGCAGUUUGCCGCUCCGUCGGUACACCGCGAUGGGCAUACGCCAGGCUACGUCGUACCGAGCCUCUCGUCCGCCACGCACGCGCAUUUGAGCAAAAAGUACGGCAAGUGGGGUCGUGUGCUCGGCAGCGGUGCUGGGGGUACUGUACGUCUGAUCAAGGCGCCGACGAAGCAGGGCGGUACGACGUUUGCUGUGAAGGAGUUCCGGCCUAAGCGGCAAGGCGAGAGCGAGCGGGAGUACCAGAAGAAGGUCACUGCGGAGUUCUGUGUGGGCAGUACGCUCAAGCACAAGAACAUCAUCGAGACGGUGGAUAUCGUGACGGAUCACGGGCACUACUAUGAGGUCAUGGAGUACGCACCAUACGAUUUGUUCAGUGUGGUCAUGUCUGGAAGCAUGUCGCGUCCGGAGAUAUACUGCGUCUUCCGGCAAAUAUGCGACGGCGUCGAGUACCUGCACUCGCUGGGGCUCGCGCACCGUGACCUCAAGCUCGACAACUGCGUCAUGACGAAGAACAACGUCGUGAAGCUCAUCGACUUUGGCACCGCGACGGUAUUCCACUAUCCGGGCAAGAAGACGACGCUCGCGACGGGCGUCGUCGGGAGCGACCCAUACCUCGCGCCCGAGGUGCUCAACGCAGAUAGCUAUGACCCGCGCAAAACGGACGUGUGGAGUGUCGCCAUCAUCUUCAUGUGCAUGGUGCUCAGACGGUUCCCGUGGAAAAUCCCGGACCCGAAGUCGGAUGCAAGCUUUAGAGCGUUCGUCCAGGCGCAUCCCGACCUCUGCGAGAAGCCGAAGGAGACACCGAAGAUCGAGUGUGCGAAGCCCGAGGCGUGCAAGAAGCACCAGGAGAAGAGCGAGACGGAGGCAGAGCCGCCGCAGAACUCGACCGCUCCGUCGAUCGCGCCUUCAAAUACGUCCGUCGCGCCGUCGAAUGCAUCCACUGCCCCGUCGGAGAAGCUGUCGCGAGACGGCUCGCACUCGUCGGGCUCGGGAACGUCUGAUGAGGAGUUGGACUCCCGCCGCAACAUGCUGGGCUCGAGUGUCCUCUCGCGCUCCACAGCGACGCUGCCCGCUGUGUUCCUGAACAGCCCUACCGGUGCACAGUCGGAUCCGGACCCCUCCGUGCGCACCUUUGCGCGCCCUGCCGACUCGACAGAGUCCCUGCCCGCCCCGCCGUCGCCACAACUGUUCUUCAAGCCUCCCCCUGUGCACUCCGAUUCCGGCCUGACAGCCCUCGCGCUCCCGGCUGCAAGGAUGGACAACAAGCGCACGAAAGAGUCCACCUCUAGCUCUGCGACGGACACGCAGAAGAAGGAGCGUGCGCGGGAAGCACAGCGCGUGUCCACCGAGGCCGCCCAGGGUGCUGUGACGGAGUCGCAGAAGUCUCAGUCGAGUGCGAGCGCGACGAGCGCGAACCCGAAGCCGUCGACGACCACGCCUACGCCGGGCAAGAAGGACCAGAACGCCACCAUCCGGCCCCGGCGGCGCGCAGACAGCAGAGCCAGCGUCGCUACGUUCCACCAAGGCGGCGCAGAGUCUAUCUUCCGCUUGCUCCCUCGCGAGUCGCGUUCCGCCAUCCGUCGCAUGAUGUACAUCGAGCCCUCGGCAAGGUGCACGCUCACCGACCUGCUCUACGGCAAGGGCAAGUCGGACGACCUGCUCUGCGGGUGCCACUCGCACGCGCGCGACAGCCCGGCCUGCCAGGACCACGCACACGCGCUGGAGGACCAGGACGACGGAGAUCCGUGGCUGCGGAGCAUCGCGCCGUGCUCGGAGCCCGGCGUGAAGCCGAACCACACGCAUAUCAAGGUGGCGGUCGACGAGAAGCAGGGCAAGCGGAGGUUCUUUUAG